CAGCCCCCCAUCACACUCACCCACAAUGGACGCCGACCGGAUCAAGGGUCCCUGGAGCCCCGAGGAGGACGACCUCCUCCGCCGCCUGGUCCAGGCCCACGGCCCCCGGAACUGGUCUCUAAUCAGCCGCUCCAUCCCCGGCCGCUCCGGCAAGAGCUGCCGCCUCCGCUGGUGCAACCAGCUCUCGCCGGAGGUGGAGCACCGCCCCUUCACGCCGGAGGAGGACGAGACGAUAAUCCGGGCACACGCCCGCUUCGGGAACCGGUGGGCCACCAUCGCCCGGCUGCUCUCCGGCCGGACCGACAACGCCGUCAAGAACCACUGGAACGCGACGCUCAAAAGGAAAUGCGCCUCCUCCUCCGACGGCGGCGGGGCGGCGCCGCGCCCGCUGAAGAGAUCCGCCAGCAGCGCCGGGUCGGGUCCGGGCAGCCCGUCCGGAUCCGAUUUGAGCGACUCGGGUCUGCCGGCCAAUGAUCCUCCGACCGACCUCAGCCUGUCGCUCCCGGCGGCGUCUGAGAUGAUCAAUCGUACAACUGAGUUGAAUCGGAGCCAACCCAUUCUUCCGGCCCCGGCGAUUGUUGAUUCGGUUACGGCGAAGUUUCCGGUGUCGUUCGGGGCGGAGCUGAUGGCAGUGAUGCAGGAGAUGAUUCGGGCGGAGGUGAGGAAUUACAUGGCGGGUUUGGAGAAGCAACGACAGCCGUUCGAUGAGGAUCAUCAUCAACGGCCGAGGAUGGGGUUCGGCAAUGGAGCAGCGAUGAGGAGGUUUGGCUGAGACAAGACAUCUUGAUUUGAGAAGGAAAUGCAGAAUCUGAGGGGAGAACUGUUUCUUUGUUUUUUUUAGUGUAGAUUUUGCUAAUUAAAUUAAAAAAAAAAAACAAAAAAAAAAUGGUGACAAGGAAGAAGAAAAUAAAAACCAAAUAUUGUACAAUCAAUGUACAGCAGCAGCAAGGAGAUGGGCAAAAAGAAUUGGUUCUAUA